AUGUGUUCCCUGCCAACGUGCGAAAAUCUCUCGACAUAUUUGGUUGGUCCUUUGCCCAUUUCGAACAGUGCCCGCUAUGUUUUGACCUGCGUUGACCGAUAUUCGCGAUGGCCUGAAGCUUUUCCAAUCCCAGACAUUGAGGCAGCAACCGUCGGGAGAGAAUUUCUGUCAGGAUGGAUUGCAAGAUUCGGAACUCCGUUGCGAAUUACUACCGAUCAAGGUCGUCAAUUCGAGUCCCAAUUUGUUCGAGAAUUGAACAACUUACUCGGGACUCAGCAUCUAAGGACGACAGCAUAUCAUCCCUUUUCCAACGGCAUGGUGGAAAGGUCACACCGAAAGCUGAAAGAAUCCAUCAAGUGUCAUGAAACUGAGGAUUGGAUUGAAGUACUACCUAUCAUACUUUUAGGCAUCAGAUCAGCCUGGCGAGAGGAUUUGAAGUCAACAUCAGCUGAACUCGUUUACGGUGAGAGCAUUCGCCUACCUGGAGAAUUCCUAACUUCCCGUUCAGAAGAAGUCAACACGAAAGAUACAUCAGAGAUCGUCAACGCUAUGAGACGUCGUUUUCAGAGUCUCCGACCAGUCGGUGGCACUCGUCACAGUCAGAAAAAAAUAUUUGUUUUUAAAGACCUCUCGACAUCUGAGCAAGUCUUCGUUCGUCAUGAUCAGCCAAAAGGAUCGCUACAAAUGCCUUACGACGGUCCUUAUUUGGUCAACAAUCGCUCUGAAAAAUUUUUCAAUGUCAACAUUAAAGGCAAAGAUACUAACGUCUCAAUUGACAGAUUAAAACCAGCAUACAUCAUCUCGGAAGACGAAUCCCAGUUGCAAGAACGGAAGCAGAUUUCGAACAAACGGAAUAAACUUACCUCGGAUGACCCCGAGAUUCCAGCUGAGUAUUUCUAUUUCUGA